AUGCUUAACCCCCGAAACCCGAACAACCAAAAGGUGGGCAACGCAUUCGUAACUCCACCGUUAUUUCGAGUGUUCAUGGCCGGCGGUGAUUGCUUACCAUCAGGUGAUGCGGAUGCUCGUUCGCCGUCCUAUACCAUAAAAGCUUACUUGAUUUGCAUCACGGAGGGUUUGAUGGACCUGACGUUGUCUUUUGCCCCGGCGUUCCUAGCGGAGCUGGUGAAGGCCAGCGUGGAUAGAUUGAAGUUAAUCGUUACUACUCAACUACUGCAUUGUAAAGAAGAAACAACAAGCGAGGCUAUAGAAGACGCCAUGAUGUUCUUCCGACACCAUCCCUUCAAGUACACAGUGUGGCGUCUUUUCACAGUAGACGGGACACUCAUAGUGGGAAUUGUUAAUGCUCUCACAGUUUUCACGCUGGCCUCAGUACAAUUUUCACAUUUAUUCCAAUAA